GCUAACAAAUUCUAAUUACCGCACCGGACCGGCAACCAGUCGCAUUUUGGCAGUCGUAAGCGUUCGACGAUCGACAGAAGGAAAAUCAGUUCGGUACUAUCUUAUCCGACGGUGGAGCCCAUCGAUAUCGGUGAUCAGUGAAAGUGCAAAAGAAAAGAUAUUUUUAGUCCGUUUGAAGACACUGCGAAGACAAAAAGGACAAUCAUUCGGUGGCGCAAACGUUCGAGAAUCUAGUGCAUCAAGUGGAUUGUUUCUAGAACAUUCAAGCGAUUGAGCUUGAGAUUAUUUCAAGUGCAAACAGAACUUCAGUGAACAACAACACAACACAUAAUGGGUGUCCAGGACGUCCAGGAUCACGUGCCUGUGCAGUGCGAUUUCGAAAUUUUCGGACAGGUGCAAGGAUGUGGAUUCACAAAACACUGCAGAGACAACUGCAUAGCACUCGGCAUCAAGGGAUGGGUGAAAAACUCCAAACAGGGCACAAUCAUGGGCAAAAUGCAGGGAGCCAAGGGAGACGUCAACAAAAUGGUCGACUGGCUAUCGAAAACCGGCUCACCUGGCUGCAAGAUCGACAAAGCGGAAUUCACCAACUGGGGCACACUGUCCCGGUAUGCGUUCACAGACUACGCUAUUAGAUUCUAAGGACCCCCGAAAAUCCGCUUGGCUUAAUUUUAAAAUAGAACCAUGAUAGCAACCGGCAGCGUUAGGACGAUGUCUGGUGCUAACUUGUGCAAACAAAACUGUGGCUAAUAAUGUAAAUGUCAAUCUCCAGAUGAAAUGAUAAAUAUUGCUAAUUAGUAUAGCAACUGAUAACAUUAAUAAUUGCUAUCAUCGAGGGAUUUUAAACUAAAACUGUGCUGUAAUUGUAUGUAUAUUUGUCACAACUAGAACAUAUUUUUCUUUAUUUACGCGUGUAUAAAGCAAACCAGCAAAACCAAAACAUCGAUUAAUCGAUUCGAAUACCGGUAUCGGAACAGGCAGUGAAAAUGAAAGGCUUUAUUACCUAAUUCAACACUUUUUUCGGGCCCGAAAGAACCUUCUAGAUGACAGCGCUGUCUAGCUUUUAAGUUCGACAUAUUUAAUUUACCAUAGAGGAUGAGAUUAUUAAUAAAUACAAAGAUCUAUUACAACUUA